GGGAUGUCACGAGUGCGCUGCUGGUGCUGCUGCUGCUGCUGGCGCUGACCACCACCGGAGCCGACCCUCUGCGCAGCGCCACCCCGACCAGCUCCACCUCCUCCGCCGCCUCCUCCUCCACCGCCGCCACCUCCGCUCCCUCCGCCACUGCCGCUGCCGCCUCCGCCUCCACUGCCGCCACCGACACCUCCACCCCCGCCACCACCCCCACCGCCACCCCCACCUCCUCCACCGCCUCCACUGCCGCCUCCACCGCCCCCGCUAGCUCCUCCAGCGCCCCUGCCCCCCUUGCCCUUGCCAGGGCGGCGUCUCCCGCUAGGGGUAGACGCCGCACCGACCGACUCAAGCCCAACGAGGUCGGCCGCAGCAGCAGAGGCAACAGAGGGCAAAAGGGGGGAGGGGGAACACCCCUCAAAGAUGGGGGUGCGAGGGUCACCACGAGAGGCUCCUACAGCUACUAUGCUCUUCUCUGCUGCUAG